ACGAAACUGGAGAGGUGGUUUACAAAAGGAACUCAUACCCGAGCCGAACUGUUAUGACAUUCAAACUGAGUGAGUAUAUAGCACUAAAGACAGCGUUUUAUUAGGAGAACAGCAAAAAGACUACGCCACAUCACAACUCAGGAGUUUGACCGCGCGGUGUACUUAGUUUUGGCCCGGACAAAGACCACUUUACACGGCGGGGAUAAGCUCUCUGGUCACCGUGAGAAAUGCUUCCUGGAUUAGGGGUGAGUACCUGUGUUGAGAACGGCUCAGAUGAGUUAACUUCUCAUGUGUAAUCGGAGAUUUCAUGUAGACCAACGAGCCGUGUGAAACCAUGUUAUCUGCCGAUGAAUCAUGCUCUGUUACCACACAGCUGACGUCGUGAUUAUGAUUGCAUCCAAUGAGAACAGAGUCUUACAAAUGUCAGUCAGUGGGGAGCAAAAUCUUGUCUGGCGCUGAUGAAACCUCCAGAAAAAAACGACGAACUAACGAGAUUAGACAGGACUCGAGAUUCUAGUCAGACUUAAUUUUGAGGACGUCAAAUAACGGACUUCGUGUAGUUCUGACAUCGAGAAACUAUAGUCUUCACUCAGGGCGCCGUGUGUGCUACACUCGAGUUGCUGAGUGUAACAGAGAUAUAACACGAUCUGGACAGCUAAGAGGCUUGUGACUUGAAAACAGGUAAUGCUGACCAUCUGAAUCAACACAACCCAAUCAGCAACGAUGACCGAGAAUGCCUCGCUUUCGAACAGCCUCGUUUUAGAUGACAACCCGGAUGACGCAGGUGGGAUGGAUGACGUCAUCAUCAGGGCUAUCUCGCCAAUCUUACUUGGUGUCAUGUCAUCCCUAGCGCUAUUUGGUAUCAUCCUUGCCAUAUCAUUCCUGAGUUUCAACAUAAAGUACCGGCAAAGCAGAUUGAUAAAGAUGUCAAGUCCAAACCUCAACAUAUUCAUCGGAAUUGGUGCUAUACUUGUCUACGCAUGCGUUGUACUGUUUGGGAUCGACGUUGGUGUGACGUCAUCAGAUGACGUUCUGCUCUUUCUAUGCAAGGUACGGGUUCCACUCUUGACCGUUGGGUUCACCCUGGUCUACGGCUCAAUGUUCAGCAAAGCAUGGAGAGUGUAUCGAAUAUUCACACACGCUGCUGCUAAAAGAAUGGUAAUUCGAGAUGGUCGCCUGAUGUCUAUGGUCGGUGUAUUAUUAUUUGUGGAUGUUGUGGUACUGGUCACGUGGUUGAUUCUCGAUCCACCACAAAUUCACCGCAAAAUGAUUCUUACAGCAUCCUCCGAUGAUGCAGCAGCUCCCUUAAGCGCAAGGGAGGCUCUCCAGUUCUGCCAGUCAAACAACACCGGGAUCUGGUUCACCAUCCUCUUCUCAUUCAAAGCCGCCAUUCUCCUGAUGGGCACCUAUCUAUCGUGGGAGACCAGGAACGUCACCGUGCCUUCAAUGAAUGACGCAAAGUGCAUCGUACUCAGCGUCUACACAUGCGUCAUACUAGUUGCUAUGGCAACGGCGUUAAUGGCGGUGCUGGAGGCGUGGCCCAACGCCUGGUACAGCUGUUUGUCCGUCGUCAUGCUUGUUUGUCCGACAGAGCUGCUACUGAUGCAGUAUAUUCCAAAGAUACGUGCAAUGCGCAACAAUCCUGACGUCAGCUACAGUAUGUCUCGCUCCCUCACGACGUCUUACUUAGCGACGUCUCAGCAUCGCUCCUUUGCCGAAGUAGAGGAGGAGCUGUUCCUUCUGUCGAAGGAGAACGCCUCCUUGAAGAGAGCACUCGGAGAGAAAGACAACACCAUCAAGAUGCUCCAUGAACACGUCGCCUCAGCCAGAAAGAAGCUUCAUCUUCUCUCCAUCGAUCCAGAACAACGCCAAGACAGCGGCUGCGACUUCGACAUGUCAUCCUCCUCCACGUGCCCCGACGACCGAGAGAUCAUAGGGUUGCGUCCCCCUGACGUAGUAGAGGAGGAAUCCCCUGCUAGGGAUUUUAUCAUCGGUGGCAACAGACAGGGGGAGGACCCUCAUAAGUUAUCCGUGAAACAUAACGACGCAGCGGCAAUGGAGAGGCAGAAUUUGAAGCGAAGGCGGGGUAGAGAUGGUGGCAGUAUUCGCAGCACAGGAAGCAUGCGGUCACAACAGUCCGUCCAGCAAUUUGAGGACCUACGUGAAUCCAUUGUCAAGGAACUCCACCAUGCACAUGAUUUAUCCCUUAACCUACGCGAGGCUAUAACGCACGACCUCCAAUCAUGCCGCACUACACCUAUGUAUAUGGUAAUCGCUGAUACUGAAAGAGAACUAGCUGGUGUCCUCAAAGACUCCUACAAACUAGAUGGGGAUAAUAUAUCCAUCUCCAGCAGUACAUUCUCGUAUGAUAACCCUGUUUUCACAGGGAACCAUCGACGGCGACACAGCACCAAUAGUUUAUGUGUGUGUAACAGUCGCCAAUCUAGUUUCCGAUCGGUGGCGAGUAUAGCAACUGACAUGACAAUGAGGGAGGGCAGGACGACUCCGUCUUCGGUCUCGAGACAUCUUCAAUGGCCGCAGUACAUUCCUCCAAAGAUGUCCGACGGUGCACGGGAAACACCUCAUGUUGUGAACCGGUCGCCGCCAGCCCAAAAUGGCUCCCCAGGAAAAGUAACCAAGAGUGUGUAUCACACUUAUGUAUGAUGAUGAUUGAACAGCAGUAGAUGGCUUUUAUCAGCACUCUUUGAAAUAGUAACGCACGUCCGAUUUGGUGGAGAAGAAACUUUACAGUGGCACAUAUAUGAGACGUUGAGGGCAUCAGACUUCUUGGUCAUAGACCUUAU